GAUAGUGUCAUCGUUUUUUUGGCAGCUCUAUUUCACAAUCCCGCACCGCGUAAUAAUAAUAAAGUUUUCACACAUUUUUUCGACCGAUAUAUUUGGAAAAAUUCCAAAACGAGACACGGUGUGCGAGGCGGCGACUUUGACUCCCAGUUUGAGAUAGCCUUAUUCCCGGCCAAAAUUGUAUCAACGUGAGAGGUGUGGUGCAGGUGGAGCAGCUGUUCCGAUCUGAUCGUUGGGUAAUAACCUAGCGAAAAGCAGCGAAAAUCCGGCGGAGUCAUGGCAUUCCGGCUGUUUGGCACGGCCAAGAUGCUGGCCGGCGUAAUGCGGCGCGGCUACACAACAGGACCUCUCACAGAAAAGGUGCAACGCUCAGCCUCAGCUCUGCCCACAGGAGCCACCGGGGCAGGGGUCUACAUACUGCCCGCGGAGCUGAACCCUCUGCUCCGCUACAUUGUCAAACAGAUCCAGAUGUUUUGCAAGAAGCCCCCCAAGGGAUUCGAAAAGUAUUUUGAGGCUGGCGGCAAGUCGCCCGCGGGUCAGCCCAAAGGAUCCGCCGCCGGCGAAAAGAAGCCCUCAACGGGAGCCAGCAACAGCAAAUCGGCCUCAGAGAAGCCGAGCGUCGCGAAGCCCUCCAGGUCAGCGACGGAGUCUAAAUCGGACUGGAAUUUUGGCAUGUUUAGCAAUAGCACAAAGGCAGCGAGAUCUGGCAAUACACCAGGCGGCAGGCCGCUGGGCGAAGGAGGUGGCGGCGGCGAUAGGGAGCGCUGGAUCCUGCUGGGCGCCAUAGGAGCUGUGGUGCUGCUCGGUUCGUUUGCCUUCUUCGAGAUGGGCUACAAGGAGAUCUCCUGGAAGGAGUUCGUCAACAGCUACCUCUCCAAGGGCAUUGUGGAGAAGCUGGAGGUUGUCAACAAGAAGUGGGUACGCGUGCGACUCCAGCAGAAUAGCAACAGCGGCGGCGGUGUCCUUUGGUUCAACAUCGGCAGCGUUGACAGCUUCGAACGUAAUUUAGAGACUGCGCAGACGGAGCAGGGCACCGAGUCCAUUAACUUUGUGCCCGUCAUCUAUAGGAACGAGGUAGAGGCCGCGAGCUUGACGGGUCUUCUGCCCACGCUGCUCAUCAUCGGCUUUCUUGUCUACAUGAUGCGUAAGUCGGCGGACAUGAUGGGCGGCGGGCGUGGACGGAAGGGCGGCGGCCUCUUUGGCGGCGUCAUGCAGUCCACUGCUAAGCUGAUUAAUCCCACCGAAAUCGGUGUGGGCUUCAAGGACGUCGCCGGCUGCGAAGAGGCCAAAAUCGAAAUCAUGGAGUUUGUUAACUUCCUGAAGAACCCUCAGCAGUAUAUCGAUCUGGGUGCCAAGAUACCCAAGGGAGCCAUGCUUACGGGUCCACCUGGCACGGGCAAAACGCUGCUGGCCAAGGCCACUGCCGGCGAGGCGAAUGUGCCCUUUAUUACAGUGUCGGGAUCCGAGUUCCUGGAAAUGUUCGUGGGCGUGGGUCCCUCUCGUGUGCGCGACAUGUUCGCCAUGGCCCGCAAACACGCUCCCUGCAUCCUCUUCAUCGACGAGAUCGAUGCCGUGGGCAGGAAACGUGGUGGCAAAACAUUCGGCGGCCAUUCGGAGCAGGAGAACACACUGAAUCAACUGCUGGUGGAGAUGGACGGCUUUAAUACCACAACGAAUGUGGUGGUGCUGGCGGCCACCAAUCGCGUGGAUAUUCUCGACAAGGCUCUGAUGCGACCCGGUCGCUUCGAUAGGCAGAUAUUCGUUCCGGCGCCCGAUAUCAAGGGCAGGGCGAGCAUCUUCAAGGUGCAUCUGGGUAACCUGAAGACGGAGCUGGACAAGAACGAGCUGAGCAGAAAGAUGGCGGCCCUCACGCCUGGCUUCACAGGCGCCGAUAUUGCCAAUGUGUGCAAUGAAGCUGCUCUUAUCGCGGCCCGUGACUCCAAGGACUCGAUUGUCCUGAAGCACUUCGAACAGGCCAUUGAGCGCGUUAUUGCCGGAAUGGAGAAGAAGACAAAUGUCCUGGCACCGGAAGAGAAGCGAACGGUGGCCCAUCACGAGGCUGGCCAUGCAGUGGCCGGCUGGUUUCUGGAGCAUGCCGAUCCCCUGCUCAAAGUCUCGAUCAUCCCGCGCGGCAAGGGCCUGGGCUACGCCCAGUACCUGCCAAAGGAUCACUAUCUGCUGUCCAAAGACCAGCUGUUCGAUCGCAUGUGCAUGACCCUCGGCGGCCGUGUGGCCGAGGAGCUGUUCUUCAAUCGCAUCACCACCGGUGCCCAGGAUGAUUUGAAGAAGAUCACCGACAUCGCGUACUCGCAGGUGGUGCGCUUCGGCAUGAACGAGAAGGUGGGUUGGGUCAGCUUCGAUGUCGGCCAGGCCGGCGAUCCGGUGUUCAGCAAACCCUACUCCGAGGACACCGCCCAGAUGAUCGACGGCGAGGUGCGAUCAAUCAUCAAGUGCGCUCACGAGGCCACCACUAGUCUGCUGACCAAGCAUAAAGAAGACGUGCGACGCGUGGCGGAACGGUUGCUUCAGAAUGAGGUCCUCAGCCGCGACGACAUGAUCGAGCUGCUCGGCCCGCGUCCCUUCAAGGAGAAGUCUACGUACGAAGAGUUCGUCGAGGGCACCGGCUCCUUUGAGGAGGACACCAGUCUGCCCGAGGGUCUGAAGAGCUGGAACAAGGAGAAGGAGCGCGCACAGCCCCUGGACGCCGGCAGUACGCCGCCCGCAACACCGCCCGUGACUGCCCAGAAUAGUUAGGUACGGGCUUGCGGAGGAGUUUGGAGUAGUGUGGAGUGCUCGAGGGUGUCUCUGUUGUCAUCCCCCCAUACUUAGCGCCGAUCGGAGCUGAGCUGCCCUACGCCUGUGUUCCUGAAAUGUUCCCCGGAUUUGCGAUAGCUCCUGGAGCUCCAGUCUCCAUGACGCAUUCACCCCUGUUUUUUGCUUAAUUUUAAGAUUGCCCCAAUGGAUACCUCGUUCGAGUGUUGAGCAAAAUUUCCCGUAUGCCGUAUUUUCCGAACGCAAUAAAAUGGUUUAAACCUCACCGUGUGGGAAAACGAAAUUAAACGAUGUUAUUAUGCUAUUAUGCGAAAAUUAUUUGGGAAAUUUAUUAAAGAUUCGGAAAAACAUGAUAGGACUUUGUAUUCUUUAAUAAACUGUUUUCUUCUUUGUGUUCGUCGCUUUUCCAUUACAAAAAAGCUAAAAAUUAAACGUCCCCUUUCCAGAAUAAUCCAAUUUAAAGUAUACAUAUUAUUUCUGAAACCUUUAUUUAUUAAGAGUUCAAGCAAAAUUCAACCUUUCCGUAUUCACUGAAUUUGUAUUACCAAAGGGAGGUAAAUAUCUUGUUUAGAUAAUUAUUGAAUAGUUAAACGACACAAUAAAACGCAUAUUAAAGUGA